AUGCCCUGUACACAUGUCCUUGCAGCGCUUGCCUCAGCUGGUGUGCACGUCUCACACCAUACAUGUGACACAUACUCGCAGGAAUGCUUGUAUGCGACCUACGCCCAUCCUAUAUAUCCUGAGGAGGAAAUUGACAACCACAAGAAGAAGAGCGAGCGGUGCCGACCUCCAAAACCGAAGGAUGGGCCUGGUCGUAAGAAGAAAUCAAGAUGGCAGUCGUGGCUGGAAAUUUCUAGGAAGAAAGGCAAGAGUCGAAGGAAGAAGCCCAAAGUUUACAGCUGCUCCAAAUGCAAGCAACCAGGACAUACGCGCCCGUGUCCAAGCCUGCUGAGAAAUAAGGUCGGUCUACGAGCGGUCUUCGAGAGGUCUACGAGCUUCAAGGAGGUCUACGAGGUUCACGAGGUCUACGGAGUGGAGGUUACGAGCCACUAG